CAUAUUACAUUGUCCAAUAAUUUUCCAUGGAUUUGGACGUUCGCCCCGAAAUUGGAAAGAAAAGAAGCUGAACUAGAGAUUUGCCUGCACUAUCCCCGCCUCCAAACAUCACCCAACCUCGAAAACUAAACCGAUGUCGGCCAUCGCGCCAAUUCGCUUCCCACAUUUUCAAACCUUCGCGAGAUUGUGCCAUGGCUGGCUGCUGCAGGAAAAACCCCAUUCACGAUGAGGUAGUCUGUAAAAGUUAGGGCUUUUUUCCCCUGAGACCACAAGAAGAAGAUGAACCAGGGCGAUCUCCACAGGGUAUGGGAGAUCAAGGCCCUGAAGAGGAAGCCUAGAGAAGACGAGGCCCGGAAGAUCCUCGAGCGGAUCGCCCAUCAGGUUCAACCCAUCAUGCGCAAGCGUCAGUGGAGGGUCAAGCUUCUCUCCGAGUUCUGUCCAACGAAUGCGCGUCUUCUGGGUUUGAAUGUGGGUCGUGGCGUGCAUGUGAAGCUAAGGCUUCGCAGGCCGAAUGGAGACGAUAAUUUCUAUCCCUACGAUCAAGUCCUCGACACGAUGCUUCACGAGCUCUGUCACAAUGUGCACGGCCCUCAUGAUGCCAAGUUCUACAAGCUCUGGGAUGAACUUAGAAAGGAGUGCGAGGAGUUGAUGGCCAAGGGAAUAACUGGCACAGGCCAGGGAUUUGAUCUUCCCGGUAGGCGUCUUGGUGGUUACUCUAAACAGCCACCUAUUUCAUCACUACGGCAAACUGCUCUGGCUGCUGCAGAGAGAAGAGCAGUUUUGGGUUCGCUCCUACCAUCUGGACCGAGGCGUCUUGGCGGUGAUAGUAGCAUCAUGGUACUUAGUCCAGCACAAGCUGCUGCGAUGGCUGCAGAAAGGAGAUUGCAGGAUGACAUCUGGUGUGGUUCUCAAUCAGAAAAUGGUGGGGAUAGAGAAAGUAACCCCGAUAUGCUGCAAAAUAUUGAGAAUGAGAUCGAAACGCCUAGAAAAUCCAGGCAUGAUAAUUCAGGAAACCAAGCUUCGGAUUUGAUCUCUCAGAAAAGAUUUCGUGAACAGAAUGAAGCUUCAGCAUCACGAUCAUCCAGCAGUGAUGUGGAUCAGAAUUAUGUGGAUUUAACAGGGAAUGAUGGGACAUGUGGGUUAGCAGAUGAUCUCAGCUGUGCACAUCAAAGAAGAAAAUUUGAAUCAGAUAAUGUAUUGUAUUCCAAAUCCAAAUGUCAUUUGGGGAAUGCUUUAUCUAGCUUACCAUCCAAUUUGACUUCUCGGCCAGGGCUUAACGGCACUGCUAAAGAUCCUUCAAUUGAGCUCCUUAUGUGGGCAUGUGGGAUAUGCACCUUAAUAAAUCCUCCACUUGCUCCAAUCUGUAAACUUUGUGGUUCAGAAAGGCUCAAGGAUGAGGACUCCAAAUUUAAGACCUGGUCCUGUAAAUUCUGCUCGUUGGAUAACAGUGUUGAGUUAGAGAGAUGUUCAGCUUGUGAGCAGUGGAGAUAUUCACAUGGGCCUCCAUUGUCAGCAAGAGCACCAGAUCGGGGUGAUUGAAAGUAUGUCAUGUUGGCGGUAUUCCAGAUCCUACUUUCUACUGCGAGCUGUCUAUGUCAUAAUUUGCUGGCGGUCUCCAUGAAUUACAUAGUUCACCGAAGCAUGGUUAGUGCAGAUCAUUUACAUUGAAAGUAACACUGCUGAUAACGGUCCUAUUGUUCAGGCCCGUGCAGAAGUUGCCUCUCAAGAUGGAAAAUUGGCUUCAAGGAGCUAGCGAUUGACUGGCAAAGAGAGUGAUUUCAGAGUUCAGAUCUCUCAUUAUCAUUAAGCCCACGUUUAGAACAAAAGUGUAAGUUUUGAGAGGUCAUCAUCUCAUGAAGAUGCACAAACAGCAUUUGCCAAAUUGUGAUUGUGCCUGUCACAUCGCCACGUCACAACUCAUGGCUUAUUGAUAUUUCUUCUUCAUCUUCAUGGUAACAUAUAAAUUGCUCCAACGUGCUGGGCUUUCUGCUUAAUUGAAAAUCUGGUGUUUGAGGUAAAAACACUCGAUUUGUCUAGCCGGACCAUUGAAGGCGGGAAGAUGAUGAUUGGCCAGAAAUGGCCCAAAAUGAGAUCUCUCUAUUGUUGCCACUUUCA